AUGGAGGCUUUUAACGUGAGAACCGGACAGCCUGCUGAGGAGGGGAUUCUCCUACAGAUCAGAGCACACUGUCUGAGUGCUAGUAACUCCACUAACAGCACUGAGGAUGCUGAAGUGGACGACACUGUGUCCUUCCCAAAUCAUCUGUACAGCCAGGCGUCCAAAGCAUCAGCUGAGGACAAAGUUGCUUUCACAGUUCAGAUUCUGGAGGAGAUGGUGGCCCUGCUUGAGGGGGGUUACAGCUCUGCAUCAUGGGAGGAGAACACAGAGGAGAACUUUCUCAGUGUUGUAAGCAGGCAGGCUGUCGGCCUUCGCUCCUGUACUGUGCACCACAAGGAGAGCAAGAAGCUGCACAUGUACUUCAAGAGACUCUCAAGCCAUGUUCUGGAGCAAAUGGGCCACAGUGCUGAAGCCUGGGAGCUGAUCAGGAGGGAAAUGAAAAGCCAUCUGAAGAGAGUCGACCAGCUGCUUUUAUCUAACCAACAUCUGUCUGUCACAUUUAUUUAUUAUCUGGACGUCGCUGGCAUAGCAGUGGAAAUGGAGGCCAUAUCAUCAGAUGAUGUUACCAAGCGGGAGGAUAUAGAGGAUGAAAAGGAGAGGACCAAGCACAGAACCCUGGGGGACGCCUUGGGACAGAGGAGCGGUAGAGGAGGUGCAGUUAUUGAUAUGGAUGAAUUGUUGUCUGUUGGAGAGAUAUGA